AAAGACAAAAAUGAGAACAAGAAGGCGAUCAACAAGGUGCCAGUGAACGUUAUAUACAAGGUCCCUUUUACCCUAUAUGUAUGAUCAAGCCAAACCCUCCUUUCACGCAUUAACAUUUCCAUCCUAAAGAGUCUCUAGUUAGCUUCUUACUCCCAAGCUCCACCCAUGGCGGAGGAAGCUAAGCUGGAGUACAACACACUAAACGUAUGGAAAGUACAAGGGAAAGGAGGAUUCAGAGCAACUUCUUUCAUUUACGGUAUGGUGGCAUUGGAGAACAUGGGUUUUGUUGCAAACAUGGUGAGUUUGGUGCUGUAUUUCUGGCUCAAGCUGCACUUUGAGCUAUCUGAUGCUGCUAAUACUCUCACAAACUUAAUGGGAUCAGCUUUCUUGCUCUCUGUUAUUGGUGGCUUCAUUUCGGACACUUAUAUAAACAGAUUCCACACAUGUCUGAUUUUCGGGACGGUAGAAAUAUUGGCUCUAGUGUUGAUGACCAUUCAAGCUCAUGACGAAAAGUUGCAACCAGUACCUCGUGGCAAGUCGAGUGGCAUGACAGGUAGACCAGCAGUCAUGUUCUAUGCCUCCCUGUGUUUGUUGGCACUGGGAUCAGGUGGGGUUAGGGGGGCUCUUCCGGCACUUGGUGCGGAUCAAUUUGAUAAGAAGGACCCAAAGGAAGCCAAGGGUCUUGCAAGUUAUUUCAAUUGGCUAUUGCUCGGUUCGGUGAGUGGCGCAUUAAUUGGAGUCACUGUCAUAGUUUACAUUAGCACAAACAAGAACAACAAUAACUGGUGGAAGGGUUUUCUCAUAACUCUUGUGAGUACGGUUGUUGGUUUUAUCAUUCUUGCAAUCGGGAAACCAUUCUACCGCAUUCAAGUCCCCGGAGAAAGCCCUCUAGUAAGAAUCGCACAGGUUAUUGUCGUGGCAAUAAAAAAUAGAAAGUUGCCACCUCCAGAGAGCCCCAGUGAAUUGUAUGAGAUUAAUGAGAAAGAAUCAGCUUCCACGGAUGACAAGAUUGCCCAUACUGAACAAUUUAGGUCCCUUGACAAAGCCGCAAUUCUUCCAAAAGAUGCCGAGCCCUUGCCAUGGAAGGUCUGCACAGUGACACAGGUUGAAGAAGUUAAGGUUCUGACAAGAAUGUUACCAAUCAUAGCCAGCACAAUUAUAAUGAAUACAUGUCUGGCACAACUCCAAACGUUCUCAGUGCAGCAAGGUAACGCAAUGAACAGAUAUCUCGGAUCAUUUGAAGUCCCUGCUGCAUCAAUUCCUUUCAUCCCCCUACUCUUCAUGAUCAUCCUUAUCCCCGUCUAUGAACUUACUUUUGUGCCAUUUGCGCGCAAAAUUACCAAGCAUCCAACAGGGAUUUCUCAACUACAACGCAUAGGGGUCGGUUUGGUCCUUUCAGCCAUUUCCAUGGCAGUUGCAGCCAUUGUGGAAGUAAAGAGAAAGCAAAAGUCCUUGAAGAAUCCGUUGAAGGAUCCGUCAAAGGAUAUUAGUCUUUUUUGGCUAUCGUUUCAGUAUGGCAUUUUUGGGAUAGCCGAUAUGUUCACUUUAGUCGGACUGUUGGAAUUUUUCUACAAGGAAGCCCCUUCAGGCAUGAGAUCUCUUUCGACCUCGUUUACAUGGAUUUCACUAUCAUUUGGCUACUUCUUGAGCACUAUAUUUGUUGACACCAUUAAUGCUGUGACCAAGAAAAUUACACCUAGCAAACAAGGGUGGUUGCAGGGGUACUUGGACGAGAACAACUUGAAUCUCUUCUACUGGUUUCUGGCCAUUCUUAGUGUCCUCAACUUCUUUAACUAUCUCUAUUGGGCAACGUGGUACAAGUACAAACCAGAAGAUACAAAUGUUUCUACCAUGGCCAAAUCGGUAUCAAUAAGUGGUGUACCAUUCCUCAACACAGCUGCUGAACAUACCGAAGAAACCGACAGGCAAAACGCUGAACACACUGAAGAAACUGACAGGAAAGAUUGACAAAUUGGUGAUAUCCAAAUUACAUGAACUAGAAGGCUCCAUACUGCUCAGAUAUAGUUCGCACAGGAUAAAUGGUUGUCCCUUUUGUGUAUCUGGAUUUGGUUUGUUUUGAAUAUGUUCUUCCUUUUUUUUUUUUUCAUAAGAUGGUUGGAAUUCAUAUUAAUGUUAAGUUACAAUUAAUAAGACUGUAAAAUAUUUUGAGUUCUUGAGUAAAUUCUAUGGAUUUUUGAAA